AUGGAAUCAACCUAUCAAAACAGACCUCAGAAACCAACCAGUGAGAGCGCAGGUGUUUUCACCUGGGGCCAUUGUGAACGGAAUGAGUCUGCGGCCAAUGUGUCAGGGUUUUCCUCUCUGCCUGGUCACAUCCAAGACUUCCUCUUCUAUCGUCACUGCCGCCACUUCCCGAUGCUGCUGGAUGUACCUGAUAAAUGUGGAGGCCCUCACAAGUCUGCUGAUGUCUUCCUUCUGCUUGUCAUAAAAAGCUCACCUGUGAAUUAUGACCGCCGUGAGGUACUACGGAAAACCUGGGCCAAGGAGAGACUGCAAAAUGGAAUGUGGAUCCGCAGGAUAUUUCUCUCUGGAACAACAGGCACAAGCUUUGAGAAGCGCAAACUAAACAAGCUUCUACGACUGGAGAACCGUGAGCAUAAUGAUAUCUUGCAGUGGGACUUCAACGACUCCUUCUUCAACCUCACCCUGAAGCAAAUCUUGUUCUUAGAGUGGAUGGAUAAGAACUGCCGCCAGGCCAGAUUUAUCUUCAACGGUGACGAUGAUAUCUUUGCCAACACAGAUAACAUGGUGGACUACCUUCACAGCCAGAAAAACAAAGAUGGUGACAAGCACCUUUUUGCAGGUCAUCUAAUCCGCUAUGUAGGACCCAUUAGAGAGACAGGGAGCAAAUACUAUGUCCCAGUCCAGGUUCAAGAGUCAGACUCAUAUCCCCCUUACUGUGGUGGAGGGGGCUUCCUGCUCUCUGGAUACACAGCUAUAGUCAUUUACAAAAUGUCCCAUACCAUUCCCAUUUUGCCAAUUGACGAUGUCUACAUGGGAAUGUGUUUGGAAAAGGCUGGUCUUAGGCCAGAGUCCCAUUUUGGUGUCAGAACUGCUGGACUGCAUGUCCCCUCCCAGAAAGUGGACGCUUACAACCCUUGUUAUUACAGGGAAAUCAUUUUAGUACACAGAUUUCUGCCCCAUCAGAUAUAUAUUAUGUGGCAUGGAAUACAUGAACCUAACUUGAAAUGUGGGAAUUUGCAAGGUUCACUAUAACCCUUGAAAUCAGUUGCCUGCUCAGGUUUAUUUUUCCAGUCUUUUUUGACAAGCUAAUACUGAGGUGUGAUCUCUCAAAGCAGGUUUUAUUCCUGCUGUAUUCAUGCAGCUGUUUGGACAAUGCCGGAUCUAUUGACAUAUGCCAGGUUACUGUGAAAUUUGACAGCUGGCAUUGUUAUUAAUGUAAAUGAUUGACAACACAUUAUUGAUUUAUAAUUUUCCCCAAAAAAGGGGUAGACGUGUAUACCUGUUAUACUAUUUAUUAUACUUUAAUGGGCAAUUGAUGUCCAUUUUGUUUCACUCUUUCUUUCCACUGCCUUCUGCUUUUUUGUUUUUGACAUUUUAUCUGAACACUUUGCCUAGUGUAAACCACAGUGCCUCUUGAAGACCUCACCACCCACUAAGCUCAGAACAAAUCUGAAGAUCAGAUAGCAAACUGUUGUGGUUGACUGCAAAAUAGCAAUAUGUUAGACAGGGCAUUCUUUGUCUUUAGGCAGGCUCUGUUUGUUCUUUGUAAAUGUUUUCUUGAAAAUGUUCUCUUUUUAAAUGAAUAAUCAGAGGAUGAAUACCUGUGUGUCUUUCUGUGAAUCUAAUGCUGACUGCAUGUUUAUAGAAUAUCAUUUUAUAUCCAUUUGUGUAACAAUGUUGUUGCAAAUUGCAUGUGUGAUUUAUUUAUUUUUAAUCACACACUCACACACACUUUUCAGGCUACUUGAUGAGCUUCCCUGGUGUUUUCCAGAACUUUCCAAUUAUGAAAUGAUGAUGCAUUUCAGUCACUUACUGAUGCAAAUACCCUAUAAAUUGUUACACCUUUCCCGUUUCAAGUCAUUUGACAUCUUUUCUUAUUAGCCUUAUAAACAUAGAAACAAUGUUUAAAAAUGCCAUAACUGUUUCUGUAGCAAUAUACUUGAUCUUAAACCACUAUUGUUGUCACGGUUUCGGCCGAGGCUGCCUCUCUUCCUUGCUCGGGCAGGCUUCGGCGUUCGUCGUCUCCGGAAUACUAGCUGCCACCGUUGCAUGUUUCUAUGUUCGUUUGCUUUUGUCUGAUUGUUGUUACACCUGUUAGCGUUUAGUGUAAUUAGUGUCCUUUAAGUUCUCGUUGUGUUUGUCUAGUGCUGUGUGUGAUUGUUUUACUGUCGUGCCGGUAGGCUGUAUUUCUACUGUUUGCUCGGUUGAGCUAUCUCUCCAUUGUUUGGAGUGUUUUUGUCGCACCUGUUAGUGCGCCCGUUAUUUUCGCCUACGUGCGGAGUUUCGCCUCAGGGCGUUUGUUUGUGAUUGUUUUUCGUGUGCUUCAACUAAAGUCUGUUGGACUAACGUUCUGCAUCCUGCGCCUGAUUCCACCACCACACCCACCUACAUCUACCUUGACAAUUGUUUGUUAGUGUCAGAGUAAAAUGUCAUUUCGGUCAUUUGUGUGGUAUUAAAAAAGAUCUGUCUAAUGUCUCCAGUCAUGUAAAACUACGUACAAUUGCAUGAAAUAAUUUGAAAAAAAGGCCAUUCUUUCCCAGACCCGCUAAUAAUAGAUGCAUGCAAUGCUUUAUUAUAAAGGUGAUUUUUGGAGGGUUUCCAGGUUCCCACUUCAUUGAUAUUGCAAUCUAACCAUGUCAGAAUCAGAUUCUGAACAUGGCCCUGGUGGGUAACGCCCAGCGCUAA